AAAACAGUGUUACCUAACCCAACAGGCGUGAGAGUACAGCUUUGUGCAGCAAAAACACAAGUGGAUACUGUCGAAUUUAACUGUCUAGCUCUUUCAGGUGAAAGUGUUCAACCUACACAAGAGACAUAUACUUGCAAGCUAGUUCAUCCUACCCAAGAAACAGACAUUCUGGUUGGUAACAUAACAACGAAAAUUCCCGGACAUUUCGUUCACUACGCGCGACCUCGUUACUCCCAACCUUUGGUGCACACUCCUAGACACUCCACAGCCUUUACAGUAGAACCGAUGCUGCGAAAUGCUUGGUCAUCCUUUAGAAUCUUGUUGUUAACAAAACAUACAUGAGGCGACCGUCAUCAAGAGCAAGUGCCAGAUCUGUGCCAGAUAUCGCUGAUCAUGUUUCUCCUUUCAUUCCUUUGGCCAGAUGCUCUCAAACAGCUGUACUAACCUAGUCGUGUAAAGUUACCCACCUGUUUAGGCUAACAAGUAAUUCGAUUUGGGUUUAUCCGUGCCUCGUUUGCCGUCUAUUCUACCACUGAGAGCUAGAUGUUCAAGGCCCGUAUGUCUAUUCAAGUGCCACAUCAUCUUAAAAUAUGCGCCUUGCUCACUAUUUAUUUCCCAUAUCUUGAGUCAGUACAAGGUACAAUGGACAGUGGUCAGUGAUGAUAUGCCUAACAGGAAGGUGAAUGCUUUUUGUAUAUCAAUGGUCGCAAUAGUCUGUUGUGGAGGACAGUGGUCACUAUAGAUUGCCAAUGGUUGCUAUAGGUUAUCAAUGGUUGGUAUAGAUUGCCAAUGGUCGCUAUAAGUUAUCAAUGGUUGGUAUAGAUUGCCAAUGGUCGCUAUAGGUUAUCAAUGGUUGGUAUAGAUGGUCAAUGGUCGCUAUAGGUUAUCAAUGGUUGGUAUAGAUUGUCAAUGGUUGCUAUAGGCUAUUGUGUCUUCACACCACCGCGAGUCGGAUCACAAUGAAAAGCAGACACAAAGUGUUGCUAACUUGCUGCUUUUGCCUCUCAUUAAUUUUGCACUGUGUUUUUGCGACCAAAGAUACGUCACUACCAAAGAGCCACAGAGGACGAGAGUUCUUGGGCUGGUCCGAGCGCCCCCCACACACAUUUCACGGCGUGCUUUUGAGUGACACUUCCCAAGGUUCAAUUUCUUUACGAAAUGAGAAAGAAUACGCCAACAAGCGGUACGUCUAUGACCCUUUAAUUAAGCAAUCAUCUGUGUCUGGAACAUCAGGGGCAAACAAUGUGCCUGGCGAUCUCUCAAACGAUGCACCCGGCGAUACCUCAAACGAUACGCCUGACGAUACCUCAAACGUUCAUGAAUUUCGUUCUUCUGUCCUUGGGCAUGGAGUGAAUGUCAUAAAUACGGAGGCCAGGGCCACAAAGACACAAUCAGAGCAUGUCCAAACUAGACACCCUGAGACAACAACUGAUGAUUCAUUCUUCUAUAAGUAUCACCGAGACGUAGCCGCAGUCGAAAUAAAAAAGGUUUCAGAAUCGCCAUCUUCAUAUGUCGACGGGGCAGUUGAAGAGGCUCCUGUUUCCCCAAAUAGUCCGGGUGACCAUGACACGGUGUUUCGUUUUACACGUCACGACUUCUCACAGCCUACACACUUUCCUCGUGGCGUGCUAGCGGGGAGUUCUCAAGACAAAAAGAGGGGCUCCUUACGUCGGCUAAAAAGACAAACUAAAGAGAAGACUGUAGCUAGACUUUCAGCAGACAGUUUCGACUCAGCCUUACAACCGGAUGAAGUAAGUAAUUACUCCGAGCCCCGGACACCGUUGCACAGUGCACCUCUACCGAGAGACCACGCGUCAUCCACUGCUCAUGUUCUGGGGUCGACUAAGCCCACAGGCGCCGAUUCUCCUUUGAAUAGUAGCUUUCCUCAAGGUCAUGAAUUCAGGAAACCCGUUGAAGUUCAGGAUACAUCUCAACAUGACAUGUCCAGUACGGGCUCUCCUGGCAACAGCAAAAACAUCCGGGCUCGGAAGGAGGGAGAUAUGAUCAUCGGCGCUCUGUUCCCUCUACACGAGGCACCCAAUCACGUGACCGCCUACACCAGGCAGUGUGGCCAAAUCCGAGAGUAUUAUGGGAUACAGAGAGUUGAGGCCUUUCUCAUGACCGUAGACAAGAUCAACAACGAUUCCUCCAUCUUACCUCACAUCAAACUAGGUUGGGACAUCAGAGAUUCCUGCUGGUACUCUGCCAUCGCGCUAGAGAAUAGUAUUGACUUCAUCAAGGACGCCAUUGCCAGUCAGAGCAACAGCAACAGCAACAGCAACAACCACAACAUCAACCUCAACAGCAAUAGCAACAGCAAUAGCGACAGAAACAGCCGUGGAGAUACCAGGGCGGACGUAUCGGACACUAACUCCAACAACAGCUUUGUACAAUCGACCUCGGCGACCGUUUCACUUAAGCCUGCUCAGUCUACUCCCAACAGCUUGUCUUCUAGCCCGGCCUCUGGGGGUCACUCACAACUAGUUCACUCACCAGUGGAUCACACACCACUGACCGUCAGCUCAACAACACCGAUAUGCAGAGACGUCAAACACUUGAAGCCUAUCGCCGGACUGGUCGGCCCUGGCUCAAGUGAAGCCACAAUACAGGUGCAGAAUUUGCUGCAGAUUUUCAACAUCCCCCAGAUCGGGUACUCGGCCACCAGCAUGGACCUGAGUGACAAAAGCCACUAUAAAUAUUUCCUCCGUGUCGUUCCCCCGGACCGCUACCAGGCACAGGCCAUGGUGGACCUUGUCGUCCACUUCAACUGGACCUACAUCUCUGUCGUGCACUCUGACGGUAAUUACGGGAUCAAAGGUAGCGAAAAGUUCAAAGACCUUGUAAAGGAACGAGGUGUGUGCAUCGCUACAACAGACACGGUCGCGAGCUCGGCAGACGAUGCAGCAUUUGAUGACGUGCUCAGCAAUCUUUUAGAGCACCCAAAUGCCACCGUGGUCGUCUGCUUCUGUGAGGGGAAGACUGUCAUGAAGCUGUUCUUAGCCACGACGAGAAAGUCAAUGACAGGCAGAUUUCUCAUUGUCGGGAGUGACGGUUGGGGUAACCGCCGUGACGUCGUGGAGGGACAGGAGAAUGCCGCUAUCGGCGCCAUUUCGUUCAAGCUCUACUCCCCGCCCCUGCCCGACUUCAAGGCUCACUACGACAACCUCCGGCCCUUCGGCUCCCCGCACAAUCCCUGGCUCAACAGUUUCUGGGAGCAGCGGUUCCAGUGUUCCCUGAACAAGACAAGUCUUAGGGGAUACAGAAGGUCGUGUGUCGGUGAGUGCUGCCAGUGUCGGUGUCGGUGUCGGUGUCGGUUAUUAGCCAAACCAAAAUUCGUUAUUACAACUUUAUAUGCCACCCCAGGGAACGAGAGCCUGUCCGGGUCUAUCGUGGACUCCAAGCUGGGCUUUGUCGUGAACGCCGUGACGACUAUGGCGCGAGCCCUGCACAACAUGCACGCGCACGUCUGCCCGGGCUUCCAGGGGCUGUGCCCGGCCAUGGAGCCCAUCAACGGGAGCGUCUUCCUGCAGUACCUGCUCAACGUCAGCUUCCGGGGCUACAGCGGCGAGAUGGUUCACUUUGACAGCAAGGGGGAUCCGCCGGGGCGGUAUGAAAUCCUCAACUACCAGCCCCGGCAGACCGCGGACGGAAACACCACUUACGAAUACGUCACUAUCGGCCACUGGAUGACCGGAAGCCUGCGCCUGAACCGACAUCCGGUGUACUGGCCUCGGGGUCGGCGGGACAGCGGGGGGUACGGAGGUCACAUCCGGUCAGUGUGCAGCGAACCUUGCAGGUGGGGACAGGCGAAGAAGGUGAAGGGCGCCGCCUGCUGCUGGAUCUGUACCACGUGUCUGGAGAACGAGGUCCUGGUGGACAACAGCACAGAUUGUCGCCCUUGUGACCGGGGCAUGUGGCCGGACUUCAACAAAACAGAUUGUGAGGCCAUUCCAAUCGACUUCAUCAGCUGGAUGGACACUGGGGCUGUUAUUUGCAUAAGUCUGGCGGUCCUCGGGACUUGUGUAACAGGAUGGAUUUGCGCCAUUUUCGUGCGCCACAACGACACCCCUGUGGUGAAGGCGUCCACGAGAGAGCUGAGCUACAUCAUCUUGGCCGGCAUCAGCCUCGCCUUCAGCAGCAACUUCUUUAUCCUAGCCAAACCCGCCACGGGAUUCUGCUACCUCACAAGAAUUCUCCCAGGGUUGAGUUUUUCCCUGAUGUACGGAGCUCUGGUCACCCGCACCAACAGGAUCGCCCGCAUUCUGGAGGGCAGCAAGCGAAUCAUGACCAAGAAACCGCGGUUUAUGAGCGCCAGCGCCCAGGUCGUUAUCACUUCAAUUAUCAUCGCCAUAGAGUGUGCAGUGAUCAUCGGUAUGCUGGUCUACCAGCCGGCCGACUCCAUGUUGGACUACCCAGCGGUCAGACAGGUCCGGCUCAUCUGUAACACCUCUACUCUGGGCAUUGUGGUGCCGCUGGGCUUUGACCUGGUCCUUAUUCUUCUGUGCACUAUCUACGCAGUCAAGACACGGAAUUUGCCAGAAAACUUCAACGAGGCCAAGUUUAUCGGGUUCACCAUGUACUCUACGUGUGUCAUCUGGAUGGGGUUUUUCCCGAUUUACUUCGCGGGAGAGAACAAAGAAAUCACGCUGAGCAUCUCCAUCUCCCUCAGUGCCGCCAUAGCUUUGCUGCUGCUCUUCCUUCCCAAGGUGUACAUUAUUGUGAGAGUUCCAGAGAAGAACACAAGAGGAACCUUCACCACGUCACGUGAUGUACGAUGUCACAUUGGCUCCAAGUCAAUGGCGUCAGGAGAAAGUAUGGACAUCAAGGAGAGCAGUACCUUGGACAGCCUGUGUGUUCAAGACAAGUCUCACAGCAAACAAUGGAGGCAAAAGUCGCUGGAUGAGAAAAGGCUCAGAUUCGUGAUGCAGCGGGGCGGGGGCGGAGGUGGAGGCCCGGACUCGGACUACAUCAACCACGGCGUUCUGCCCAAACCUCCCGGAACGUCCCUCGUCAAGCGUGGCGGUCAGGACUACAGCAACGUCAAAGACAGACGGAAAGAGAGCGCCAGGACAGAGACCGCAGCUGUCAGCGCCGUAGACAGAGACAGAGAUUCGAACCUCCUACCACCUGCGCCAGUCCCGGUCACGUGCGUCCUGCCGGGCCCGCAGGGUACUCGCCACAAUCUCGCCAAGGAGUUCCCCGCGGGUCGGAGACAGACCCUGCACCGGCCUGGAUCGCCGGCCGAGAGAGAAAAGCACCGGAUACACAACGUGAGCUUGCGUGACGUCACCGAACUAGACCGAUUGUUCUACCUCGGCCCGGCCUUGCCCCCCGUACCCCCCGUGCCCUCUGUGACCCCUGUGACCUCUCUGACCUCUGUGCCUACUCCCUCAGUCGGAUUCACAAAACUAGCGAGAAUGUCCGGAGAGUUCGGGAGAAUGGGAGAAAGUUUUGAGUUCCGCAAGUCGCUGUCUUCCAACUGCGUGUCUUGUCUGUGUGUGACCACCAGAAGUGUGGAGUGUCAGACAGGCGCAGACCUCACCCACUCCCUGGUUCCGGAACUGCGCAGGAGGAAGACGUCGCGAAACAAAAAGAAACUACAGCGCUCAGAGGCUCUGGAUGCGCACUCUAGCAAGGAGCCCCAGGUCUUAGGAUAUUGCGGCCCCAGUAGACCAAAACGGUGUGAAGAUGGCAUAUCUUUGUCCGAGUGUGGCGUCCACUCAUUACAUGAGCCCUCAGAGACAUCCCGGCUCGUGGACCCCCAGUUGCACGAGAGACCCUCCUCAAAUCUCAGACCGUCCACCACCCAUUUCGACCAAGACUUUCUGGAACAGAAUCUAGGUCAGGACAACACUAAAUGCCCACACAAAAAGUUUCUCUCGUUCACAGAUAUUUCUUACGAGAGCCCCACCGAUUUCCCCCACCACCAUCACCACCACGAGUGCCAACAUUGUUACCCUUACCAAACUAACCUGUUGGAUUCCCGCCACAGCUCAGACUGCGCCCGCUGCUUUAACCAACGACAGAACUGUCUCUGCGGGUCUGCCUCGGCCCUCCUUCCCCGCCACGCGCACGAAAGAACAUCCUUCUCUCACAGUUCAGAAUUUCCAAGGGCUUCCUACGAUCUUUCAGAAUGGAAUCUACAGGAAGGAAAGGAAGGUACGCAACUCUCUCCUGACGGGCACGCUUCCUCCUGCAGUUACGUGCACUCACAGGGCCACCGGCAUGAGAGUCACGUGACAGACUUUCCGAAAACGGGAGUUUCGCCAUCUUGCUGUGUUCUUAGCAGCCCCUCAGACAGUGAGCGCUGCAGUUUUCUCAACCCUCAACAUCAUCAUCAUCGCCAUCAUCACCUUCAGCAUGAGCAUGUGACGCAUCCGUGUGACAGUCGCCGUACGUCCGUACUUCACGGCCACAGUCCAGCCCGCUCACCAGCGCCGGCGAUCUACUUAGACCAGGAGAGCAGCAGCCCCGGCACUCUGAGCACGGCGACCUCAUCAUCGUCCUUCACCUUGCCACCGUUCACAAGCACAACAGAUAGUGACACCAGCGAGGCAAACGCCGUGAAAUCUAACAGAGAGUACCCACUGAACGCCACGUCCAAACAGAAACCUGUAGUCGUGGACUUGGCAGACGAGCAGCAACACGACCCGGAAGACGUCACGCACAGCGAGUGGACACCGCUAAGGGAGGAAACUGGACACAGUAGUCCAGAGCACAGUUAUGAGCAGUUGCUCCCCUUAGACUUUUCUGACAAAGAACGUGCCGAUAUUCUCGAGUUACAAAAAUAUCUUCAGAGUCAUGGCGUUAAUCUUGAUAUCUCAAAUGUACAGACUAGUGAUUUAUAGCUUACGAUAAUAUCUGUAGUUAAG